AUUAAAGUCGAGAAUCAGGGGACGAUGUAGCGGAAUACACCUUUUAAAGGUGUUGUUCUCUUAAAGGACAUGUUUUCUAUUUGAAAAUAUGCCCAGUGUUGUUCCAUAAGGUAUGCAGAUAGUUUAUUAUCAAUAAGGAAUGAAUCAAAGGAAAAGAGGGGGGAACGUCAAAGAAUGCUAUAUAAAAAAUGUCUAUAUAAAUAUCAUACAUUAUUAUUCUCUGUCUCUCUAUUUUUAUCGUUAUGCGUUUCAUUCAAUUACUUGUCGCCUUACUUCCCUUGUUUGCUGUCAUCUAUGCUGCUCCCUCUUUCCAAAAGAGAGACAGUCAAGAAAAGCUCUCUUUAAAAGUCAAUGCUGAAAUUGGUACUCAACGCCAAGAACCUAAAGUUGAUGCUGUCAAAGUAGCAGCGCCUGAAGCUCCUGCUCCUCCUGCCCCUGCUGCUAUUCCCAAUGGCGAAAAUACUCAUAUUGGCGACAACAUCAUCAAUAUGUUCAAUUGAACUUUGGACGGUUUAAUUUUUUUUAGAUGAAAUUAAAAGCUCA